AUGAACACAGUGAAUAGCUCGACUGGGUUUUCCCCAUUCCAGUUAAAGACCGGUCACUCUCCACGCUUUGUGCCCCCUUUCUCUGAUGUGUCAUUGGUGGACGACACCUCAGAUGAAACUGCACAUGCCGCCAAGCUCUUCACGCGGCUGGAAACAGACGUCAUGGAAGCUCAGGAUAAUCUCUUCCUUGCAAAGGUUAACCAGGCGGCACUGACUAAUCACUUGCGCAGUGAAGAAAUAUCCUAUGCGGUAGGGGAUAAAGUCCUCCUCUCCACCUUCCACCGUCAGCAAGACUAUAUGCAACAAGGCGAUAACCGUGUUGCUAAGUUCAUGGUAUGCUACGACGAGCCAUACAACAUCCUCCACACGUACCCCGAAUUCUCUGCAUAUAUCCUCGACCUUCCUGCUUCCACCAAUAUCUUUCCGACAUUUCACGCCUCGCUCCUCAAACCCUGGUGCAAGAAUAAUGCCUCGCUCUUCCCUUCUUGCCAGCACAGCCAACCCGGCCCUAUCAUCACCGAUGAUGGUGCGGAGGAAUGGGAAGUCGAAUCAGUCAUCGACCACAGACCACGUGGUCGCGGAUUCUAA